AUGCAAUACAAAAGAUUUGUAAACGCUAUUGUGUGUUUGUUUAUAGUAGGUGCAGGUCUACUAUCUUUCUUCCUAAUCCUGUCAGGUGCCCGUGAUUCUGGUACUUUGAAGAAUUUUUACUGGUUCGAAGCUGACACCAGUGGUUUUAAUGAUGCCCCAGAUGUCACAAGAUGGUACAACUACAUGUACUGUGGUUAUGCAGACCAUGAGACUUACGACUGUUCCGACAAAGGUGCCGACAAACCAUUUUCUCCAAAGGAUAACUUCGGUGAAUCCCCCAACAUGCCAAGAACUUUCAUUGACCACAGAAAGACAUACUACUACUUGUCUAAGGUCGGCUGGGCUAUGUUGUUGAUAUCCCUUUUCUUCACCGUGUUGGCUAUUGUCCCAAUAUUCCUAAGUAUCUUCAAGUUGGCUAGACCAUUGAGCAUCACAACUUGUGUGUUGUGCUGGCUGUCAUGGUUCUUCAUUACAUUGGCUGCUUGUUUGUACACUGGUUGUUAUGCCAAAGCUAAGAAUGCAUUCCACCACGACGACAGACAUGCAAAGAUGGGUGCUAAGAACUUUGCUUUCCUAUGGACUACUGUUUUCCUAAUGGGUGUAUCUUCUAUUUGGACUAUGAUCGAUGCUAUUACUAGAAGAAAGGAGAAGUAUAACAAGUACAGAACUACUGACGUCUAUUCUGACACCGAAGUGGUCGGUGCUGUACCACCUGUUGAAAGCCAACCAUCUUCUGGCCGUACCUUUUUCAGAAAGCUAAGAACUAAGAAACACGAAACUCCAGCUGGUGUGAUGGCGGAAGAGGAAUCCCAUGAAAAGGUGGUUGAAGGUGUCCAAACUUAG